AUGUCCAUCGGUGAAUACUCUGUCGACCAUUUUCAGACCCUUCCUUCCCUCGAGGUUGCACGUACCAACUUCAUGGAGCUGAAUGGCGAUGACCUUGUGAAAGAUGUCUUCAAAAAAUUCUUCAUUGAGCAGAGCAUGGAUCGCACGUUUGGUCUGGCCAUGCUUCACCGUCAUUUUGACCUCGAGCCUGAUGAGAUGCUUGUUGAUUAUGAAGGUACAUCUGUACCUUGGAAAUCGGGCCAUGUAUCUGGAAUGAAACCUCCCCAAUCUGCCAUCUGGGCAGUCUCAUCUGAUGGUGAAUUCAGACCGACUGAGUUCUACUUCUCGGAGGGGAAAGACUUGAAUAUUGGGGAGGACGAACUAGGUUUCAUGAAGCGCUUUCAAGAAUUACUUCAUGAGCACAACGUCACCCAAUCAUUUGGUCUCUGCCGAUAUCCUGGAGACGAUUUCAAUGGUUUGUGUGAAAUCACUCAUGGAAGAGCCAACAUCAACCUAAAACCAAAUGAUGCCAUCCACAUUCACAUUGAAAUCAUGCAGCAACAGUCUUUCUAUGAGAAUACUAUUCCCAUCGCCAUAUCUCAACUUCGAAGCGAUAAAGAAAUUCCUACCUUUCGUCAGUACUUUGAUGGUGGCCAAUGUCGCGUAUUCAAGGUGACCUUUGCUGACGGCGAGAGCUGGGCUGUACGAGUGCCUCUUUUUGUCCACCAUGCUUCACAGGACACUGUUAUCCAGCUUCUUGAGUCCGAAGCUCAUAUUCUUGAAGAGCUGGAAUUCAAGGGGUUUUCAUGGGCUGCAAGGCUCCGGGGCCGCAGUCUCACAUUCGAUAAUGCGAUCGAAUAUCCAUUCAUCGCAUUGACAUGGAUUCCGGGCAGCCAGCUUUCAUGGUCCGAUGAAAUUCCGACGCGAACUCUUCGGAAUAAAAUCUUGUAUCAAGUUGCGGUGUUGCACACAUCACUGAUUGAAUGCACUAAGGAGACCAGGGGAUCUUCCCUAAAGCAUUUUACCCGUAUAAUCCAAAACAAGACCCGUCGAGUCCGCGAGGGUGUCCUUCCAGAAAUCACGGAACAGGAUUGUUCUGACCAAAUGAAUAUCCUCUCCAAUGUUCUUUUACCUGAACUUGACGAAGCACCUUUCGCUAUUGCCCAUGGCGAUCUAUCACCACGAAAUAUACUUAUAGAUGCACAGCACAAUGUCACAGGGUAA